CUGCGUCGGCAUCGGUCGGUCUGCCUGCCUGCCUGCCUGAUCGUGACGUGUAUAAGCGAGGGGGUCCCUGAAAUAGUGUAGUCUGCUAAUAUGAAGUUAGCCAGUUUAGUUGCCGAUGAUAUUAAGUAAUUCGCGGAAGACAAAGUAAAGCGGGAACUGUGUUUUGCUCAGUGUUCUGUGAGCAAUAAUGCCUGUCAUGGUCGGCGGAGGAGAUGGACGGGCAGCUAGAAAUAUGAUUUGCGUGUUGUUUCCACUCGCCGCCGUGUUUUUGCUGUCUAUCGGAGCUGCUGCUCUUCCAGAGGAGCACAAGCAAGCUGUCCAAGAGCAACCUGUACAAGAGAAAGCCUCAAGUCCCCAUCCAGUAGGUCCAGCAGUUUCUGCAGAUGGCCCCAGCAAAGGAAACCUGGGUUUUAUUCAUGCCUUUGUGGCCUCUUUCUCUGUCAUCAUCGUCUCCGAGUUGGGAGACAAAACAUUUUUCAUUGCAGCCAUUAUGGCAAUGCGGUACAACCGUCUCACCGUGCUGAUAGGUGCCAUGUUAGCCCUGGGAAUCAUGACUUGUCUUUCUGUGCUGUUUGGCUAUGCCACCACGGUCAUCCCUAGAAUCUACACACACUACGUGUCCACCGCUCUGUUUGUCAUCUUUGGUCUUCGCAUGCUAAGAGAGGGACUGAAAAUGAGUCCAGAUGAAGGCCAGGAAGAGCUGGAGGAGGUGCAGGCAGAGAUCAAGAAGAAGGAUGAAGAGCUCCAGCGGUCCAAGCUACUCAAUGGGUCUCCAGAUGUAGAGGCUGCAUCAGGGACUACCGUUCCUCAGGGAAAGUGGCACAGCUUCAUCUCGCCCAUCUUCAUCCAAGCCUUCACCCUCACCUUCCUGGCAGAGUGGGGGGACCGCUCGCAACUGACCACCAUUAUUCUAGCUGCCCAGGAGAAUCCAUAUGGAGUUGCAGUGGGUGGUACAAUUGGACACUGUUUGUGUACAGGACUGGCUGUGAUUGGAGGGAGAAUGAUCGCCCAGAAAAUAUCUGUCAGAACAGUUACAAUCAUUGGAGGGAUCGUUUUUCUUGCGUUUGCCUUGUCUGCCCUGUUCAUCAAGCCAGAAGGUGGAUUUUAAUUGGAAGAAAGACUUUCCCGGUUACUCUGUACAUACGUGUAAAAUUUGAUUAAGUUUCUGUAGAGAGACAAUAGUUUUGAGUCUGUAUGUGUCCAAAAGAAAGCGUGGCAGGCUAAACAGAGAGCCUGAGUCUCGCCCUCAUCCCCCAGCUAGCCUCUGUUCCACUAGUCUGUCUGGACAUUAUUUUGUUUGCAUCAAAUACCAUUUCCCAAGAGCCUUAACCUGUUGUACACAUAAAAGCCUAAUGGGAGUUGUAGAUGUUAUACUAAGUAGUUGAUGCUUUAUCAAGUAAGAAAGUUUGUAAGAAUGAAUAGAAAACAUUGAAUUACAGAGGCUUUCUUGGAGAGGGGGGCAGGACUGUCGCUCUCAUCACAAGGUGUGUGAGAGAAAGAACACCGGGUUGUGAGAUUGCUGCCUAUUUGACAGGCACUACUUCCCUCCCGCUCAGCCAUCUCAGUUAGACACAAGGUUAAAAAAAUAUUUGCCUCUUUUUGUUUUUAAAUGUUAAAUCGUUGAUCCCCACCCCCUCCCCAUCUGUGUAACACGAGCCCAAGCAUUGUCAGGUGACUCUUUGACAGAAUAGAAACCCUGGACCGAGCUGCCAGUUUCCUCUUACAGGAGUUGGCUCGUAUUGCUUGGUUGUUACUUCUCCCUUCUCGACAACACUUUUUGCUACAACGCAUUCAAAUCACGUAACAAUAAGUGAGCCUGGUUUGUGUAAGAUUUUAAUUUCCCGCUGUGAGGAGGGGAAAAACUGUAAACAGAACCAACAGCACAUCAUUAAGAAACUGCUUUUGAGAUCUGAUUUAAGUUGAGAUUUUAUUUGAGGCAGAGCUGUCAUCGAAAUAUUUCCCUUAGUUAUUCCUCUGUUUCAAAUGGGAGCGGUCUUUUUCAGAGACAGAGACCUGAACCACAAGAAUACCUCUGCAUUCAGGUGUCACCAUACCUAUGUUGGAACACCUGUGUAGGUACAGUACCCAGAGAGCUACACCACAGCUUAAAUAAGCUUAUGUCUACUCUUUCUGAAAUGUUAAUUACACAUUGGAGAUAAUGAUCGGGGUUGUUCUUGUGUCCGACAGUGAAUAAAACGUGGAUAAUGUUGAAGGCCAGUAAUUGCCUUCCUAACCGGUUAACUCUUCCUCGGUGAUCAAAGCCAUUUCCAGUAUAAACCUCACUUUCUCAAUUGUUGACGCCCCGAAUCACAAAAUAAACAACUGCAUCAGGUCCACAAUAGAUGAUAGUAAGUACCGUGUAAUUUACCCUACACAAAAUCGACAGUGUAAGUCUCUCCUUUUGCCGCUAGCAGCUGUGUUGUAGCUAGUGACAUCUGAACACUGCAAUGUAACUAUGUUUCACCUUUUAUUUAAAGUGGUAUCUAUUUAUUUAGCUUAGUUGUCUUUCCAUAUGUACUGUAGAUAUAGAAAGGGUCACUAUACACAAGGAAUGAGAAUAUUUUUUUUAAGUGAAGAGGUUAAAGCUGCAUUGUCAAUAUUUGACACGCUGUGUCCAGCUGUGACAUACUUCUGUUUUGUAAUACAGUUUGGAUGAAAUGCCUAUGAAUCUAAAAUACUCAAUAAAAAUGUGUUUUGUCUGA